CUACCCACUGCGGAAUUGCAUCGCGACCCGCGGCCUGCCCCAGUUCCUAGCGCCUCAUGUGGAGGGCCCCCCGCUUUGGGGAAACCCUCUGGGGUAGCAAUGCCCGCGGCUGCCGGCCUCUCAUGCUCCUGUGGAUGCGAUGCGCCGGGAGAGCCAGGGCCUGCUGGUCCACCUGGUGGGUAGUGAUGGCACCACCACAAAGGGGCCACUGCAUGUUGCAAACUGUUCAAAUACCUCGUCAUCGCCCUUCAGCAUGUCUGUCCUAAGAAUCCCAGCCAUCCUCAGAAGAACGACAGAACACAAAGUGGCGACUUGGAAGGGACACCUCGCGGAGGCACAAAGUUGAACAACACACAAACACCUGCACGGCACUAUCAGACACCACCACCACCUUCCUCCAGGCUUACAAAUAUCCAACACCAUGUCGACAGCGUAUACCACCACAAAACGGCCUGCAGACGCCAUACCAGCCGAGUAUGCUGCUCAACGUCCAACCAAGCGGUCCCGGUCAACUCCAGAAGACGAUGCCGUCACUGCCUUGCUGAAGGCCGUCUAUCCCAACUGGACACCCGAAGAUCCUACUUUGCUCCAACGAAACGGCCUCGUCGGCCCUGAGAGACCCAUCCUCCGCGCCGUGGCCCCGAGGACACCACCACAACAGCAGCCGGCCACGGUGUCCCCAGCAAAGAUCUUUGGCCUUCGCAACACCGAGCACAACAUCCCCGAGAUAAUAGACGGGCCUUACUCGGAUUUUCUCGACCGCACCGGAGCUUGCUAUGAAUACUUUCCCCACGCGAUGUUGCGCAAGCUCGAGAGCGGCCGCAAGGUCUCGCAGCCCAUGACACCAGAGUCGCAGGCUUCAAACACAUCCUCGUCGGGAAUCUCUGCGCACGGCAUGGAGACACAACCAGCAUACGUGGUCAUGCACAGCCGCGAGCAAGGGUACGACCGCAUCAACAUGGGCUACCGGCUGCACGGCGUCUUCACCAACAUCGAUGCGGCCAACGUCAAGGUCAUGGAGCUCUUCCAGAAGCAAUAUCGCGAGUUUAUGAUGAUCAACACGCCCAAGGGGACCAUGAGCAGGCUCCGGAUACCAUUUAUCCAGUCUCGCGACGGGCCCGGCCACGGCUUUGACUCUGAUUGCCAGGCGUCAUGGUGGGUUGAUGGUUCAGGCUGUCUAGCUCUGCGGGCUUCGAACUGGGGUUCAGGCGAGGGCAAGGUCUACGUGAUGAAGCAGGACUUGUACAGCUGAGCGGAGGGUUGGGUAAAGCAGACGGGAGUCUGGAGCACGAGGAUAAUGAGGGAAGGCCUUACUGGCUGGGACGGGUCAAUUUCUCGG